AUGGAUUGUGUCUGUUCUCCAUACACAAACAUUAGUACUGGAGCAGUUAGUCAGUACAUUUCACUUUUCUUAAAUAUUCUCACAACCCCGCGUUUUCCCCCGGAAUUAUGGCCGAAAGACUAUGGAGAUAUUGCAAUUGAUGAAGGAUUUGAUGAAUAUGACUUCAUUAUCGUUGGCGCCGGAUCUGCUGGUUGUGUUCUUGCUAAUCGUCUCAGUGAAAAUCCUCAAUGGAAAAUUCUCCUGUUGGAAGCAGGAGGAGAUCCUCCUGUAGAAUCAUUGGUAAGACUGUACUUUCAUUUAGCAGAAAGUGAUUAUGACUGGAAGUAUUAUAUUGAACCGUCCGAAAAAUACAGCAAACUAUCGGGUUUAUGGCCAAGAGGAAAGAUGUUGGGAGGAUCGAGUUCGAUGAAUGCAAUGAUGUACGUCAGAGGAAUUGAGAAUGACUAUAAUCACUGGGAAGAGCUUGGAAAUCCAUCAUGGGGAUGGAAGAAUGUGCUGCAAUACUUCAAGAAGUCUGAACGCAAUCAAAAUCCGGAGAUUGCUGAUGCUUUCGGAGGAUAUUAUCACUCCAAAAGUGGAUUAUUAAACGUUGAACACUUCAACAGUGACGAACCUAUCAAUUCUUAUCUGAUCCAAGCGGCAAAAGAACUGGGAUAUGAAUAUGUACCAGACAUAAAUGCAGAUAAGCGCAUCGGAAUAACUACUGGCCAAGGCACUGUAAAGGCAGGUGUGCGCGACAGCACAGCUGCUGCAUUCUUACGUCCGGCAAAGAAUCGACCAAACCUACACGUUGUUAAACACGCUCAAGUGCUAGGCCUGGAAAUUAAUCACAAAGCUGAAGUUUCUGGAGUACGCAUGAAUCUCAGAGGACAAAAAGUGUUAAAGGCUUUUGCGAAGAAGGAAGUGAUCUUAAGUGCCGGAGCCAUAAAUUCCCCGCAAAUUCUCAUGUUAUCCGGAAUCGGACCUGCUUCUCAUCUUCGACAAUUUGAAAUUCCAGUAAUCCGACACCAUCAAGUUGGCAAAAAUUUGCAAGAUCAUCCUUUCGUACCACUUAUUAUCAAAUUUGACCAAUCAACAGCAAUUCCAGUAACAAUGACCCAAACUCUUCAGGGUUUCUUGCAAUAUUUCACAGAGCACACUGGUCCGUUUUCCAACAUUGGAUCUAUGGAAACAUGGGCUUAUGUUAAUGUUCAUGAUCCUAUUGUAACCCAACCUGACAUUCAAUACCAUCACAUGUAUUUGCAGAGAGGACAGCUGACCGAUAUUGCUUCAGCGCUUAACUUCUUGGGAUAUCAAGAUUCUGUUGUCCAAAGUGUGUCACCGGAAAUUCUAGAUUCAAAUAUUCUUAUUGUAGCUGUUACUCUCUUAACAGAAAAGUCAAGAGGAGAAAUUUUGCUUCGCAGCGCUAAUGCAACUGAACAUCCUCGUAUUGUUCCGAAUUACUUAUCAGAAACUGUUGAUAUUGUAACAUUUAUAAAAGCCAUUCAGUGCGAUUAUUUUGUAUUUGAUAGUGAUUCUUACUGGGAGUGUUAUUGUCGUUACAUGACCUCAACCCUUUAUCAUCCAGUGGGAACUGUUAAGAUGGGCCCCGAUUCAGAUCCAAACGCUGUCGUUGAUCACACACUAAGAGUCAAAGGCGUUAAAGGCCUGCGAGUCAUUGACGCAAGCAUAAUGCCAAGAAUUCCGAGAGGCAACACCAAUGCGCCAACAAUCAUGAUCGGAGAAAAAGGAGCUGACUUUGUGAAACGCUCUUGGGGUUACACCGGUCAAUGA